GUGAAUUUACGUGUUGUUUACACGAUCAACCACAAGACACACCUGGGCAUAAGGAGCCUAGACAGCACGGGUAUGUAGAAUGUGUCCUCAAAUGCUAUCGUGAUACUAUGGCGACAAUGAGCAAGACGUUCAUCUGUGACCUUGACAGUGGCACAUGGAAUGUCGAGUUUACCGAGUCCCAUCGUCACUGUGACGAAGAUGACAAGAUGGCUCCAGACUUCCCAGACGGUUGUCUUGACAACGAGGAACUGAAGCUGUUGAAAAUGCGCCCUUAUUUCUAUUUCCCCAAAGAGUUCCAGAUGCCUGAAGUAACGGACUCCUCAAAGGUCAAGUCGGUGCAAGUGGCACCGACCCCCUUUUUUCUAAACCAGCACGGGGUCAAUACAAUCACAAUCACGGCAACAGAUGAACACGACAACAGUCGUUCUUGUCAGUUCUACGUCGUCAUCACUGAAGCCGAAUGCACUGAACCAUGCAUAGGGGCUGACGUGACAUAUCAAUUGAUUGGAGCAGCAGGCGAUUACGUGAAUUACAAGUUGUCGUGUCCGCACGGCGAGGAGCUGGUUGGUCAAGAUAUUCUCAUGUGUUGGGGCGAUCAUUCUCCACCCUAUCAAACAAGAUUUUGGAACAGUGUGGACCGAGCCAAAUGUAGUGGUCCAUGUAAGUUACCGACAGUACCAGGAAAUGUGUAUAUGGUUUUUCACAACUUUGAAAUGGACGUGUUCUAUGAGGCGUACUGCAAGGAGGGGUACAUGACCCCAAGAGGUGUACCCCAGUAUGCCAUUUACCAUUGUGAACGCGGAGUCGACGAAUAUCGUUACGACUUUAUUCCUAAUUGUGUCGCUGACAGAUAUCCCGAUUAUUUUACGAUAAAAGUAAAGUUCGUGGUCCAGACUCCCGACUGCCUCCUAGAUCUUGUGGAGGCUGGCAAGGCUUUUAAUGCGUCACUCCACGCCACAAAUUGGACAUUACUCUGUGGAUCCAGUGUUGGCUGUACUCCUGACGUCACCCGAUUGUAUUGCCUAAAUGGGACUACCUGGGAGCAUAUUUACGUGUUCGGAAUAACACUGUGGAUGGAACCAUUUAAUGUUAGCAGAGGGCAUCUUUACAGACGCAUUAUCGAGAAUUUCUGUGAUCACAUCGAGGAAACAUCUGAACUCCUAUUUCCUAAAUUCAUAGGAAAAUCCCCCCGAAAAAUACUUCUGGAAUGUGAAGAUAUAUAUACAUGUACAAUUCCAGGCACGUUAAUGGACAGGAAUUAUAUUUUACCUAGAUGUGUGGGCUGUGGAGAGGGUCACAUAUACAACACAUCCUCGGACGAAUGCGAGAUUUGCCCAAAAGACUUUUAUCAGGACCAGGAGAUAGCUUUCUCUUGCAUCCCCUGCCCACCCGGUCUUAUUACCAGGAGAAUGGCUGGAAGUUCGGUCUCAGACUGUAAAGCCGGAUGUGGUAAAGGCUCGUUCUACGACCGAAGCAGGAACCUGUGUCCGAAAUGUCCACUAAAUACCUACCAAGACAAAGAUGUCGCUGAGAAAUGUCAGCCAUGCCCUGGGACAUCGAUCACUCUCAAAGUUGGCUCAACAGCCAGGGAAGCGUGUAUAGCUCUCUGUAAGCCGGGACAUUUUUCCUUGUCCAGAGCAGAGCCUUGCCGACCCUGCCCAGUGGGAAGCUAUCAGACUCACGCCGGCAAGACCACGUGUGAUUAUUGCCCUUUUGGUAUGCGGACAACAUCAACACCUUCAAUUUCUGCCACUGACUGUACAUUUUUUGAUGUGCGCUUAAGAGAAGAAGGUCCCGAUGCAGUCAUCCAAGGCCUUCAACAACUGCCAGUUCGGUUCACCUGGAUGAGCUGGAUCUCACCUGUAUGGUUCCACAUGACGUCAGGUUUCAGGAUGUCUCUGGGCACUCGACUUAACACGUCUAACCUGAACGCUGCAUUCCUGACCUUAGACAACCUUUUGCUAAUGGUAGAAACGGGAAAUCUUCCGCACAUCGUCAGGAGAUGGAAUCAUGUAGCUGUAACGUACCAGAACAACAAAGCUGUUUUAUUCGUCAAUGGCGAGGAAGAAGGCUGGUUGGACAACAUAUCUCUUGAAAAUCUGAACACAAAGAAAAUUAUUUUUCGGAAAUCGUACACUAUAAAAUCGAUCUGGAUUAACGGUAUGCAAAUGAGCCAGACUGUCUUGACAAAGUCUCAGCUGCAGGAUUUUGCCACUUCCUGCUACAAACAAUUAGAUGAGAAUUUACUGAGAGGCCCAACAUCCCUGCCAGUUCUCUUGUUGACCAAGUCUUGCAAUGCAACUAAUGUGUGUACUCCUACAACCUGCGGCCCCCACGCGACUUGUUUCUCUGAGGCCGAUGGUUACCGAUGUCAGUGUAAGGAUCCGUGGACCGGAACCAACUGUGAUCAUCAGGUCGUUCAGUGCAAUCCAAUUACCUCGUACUCAUAUGAAUGGGGAGACUGGGAUAAUAACUGUACACAAUGUGUGGAAACGUGUUUUAAAUCGAGAUCUCGUAAGACAAUCAUCUUUGCCCAAGUUUUGGGGAGAAAUGACGAGGAAGGAAAAGAUGCUGAGAUUGCAAUAAAGGUUAGAAAACAAAUUUUCUGA